AUGAUGAUGAUGUCCCUGAACAGCAAGCAGGCGUUCAGCAUGCCGCACGGCGGCAGCCUGCACGUGGAGCCCAAGUACUCGGCAUUACACAGCGCCUCGCCCGGGUCCUCUGCACCCGCGGCGCCCUCCGCCAGCUCUCCUAGCAGCUCGAGCAAUGCUGGCGGCGGUGGCGGCAGUGGCGGGGGCGGUGGAGGCCGGAGCAGCAGCUCCAGCAGCAGUGGCAGCGGCGGCGGCAGCGGCGGGGGCUCCGAGGCGAUGCGGAGAGCAUGUCUUCCAACCCCACCGAGCAAUAUAUUCGGCGGGCUGGAUGAGAGUCUGCUGGCCCGCGCCGAGGCUCUGGCGGCGGUGGACAUCGUCUCCCAGAACAAGAGCCACCACCAUCACCCGCCCCACCACAGCCCCUUCAAGCCGGACGCCACCUACCACACCAUGAAUGCCAUCCCGUGCACGUCGGCUGCCUCCUCUUCGUCGGUGCCCAUCUCGCACCCGUCCGCGCUGGCGGGCACGCACCACCACCACCACCACCACCACCAUCACCACCAUCAGCCUCAUCAGGCGCUUGAGGGCGAGUUGCUGGAGCACCUGAGUCCCGGGCUAGCGCUGGGUGCCAUGGCGGGCCCCGACGGCGCCGUGGUGUCCACUCCAGCACACGCGCCGCCCAUGGCUACCAUGAACCCCAUGCACCAAGCCGCUCUCAGCAUGGCCCACGCGCACGGGCUGCCCUCACACAUGGGCUGCAUGAGCGACGUGGACGCCGACCCCCGGGACCUGGAGGCGUUCGCCGAGCGCUUCAAGCAGCGACGCAUCAAGCUAGGGGUGACCCAGGCCGAUGUGGGCUCCGCGCUGGCCAACCUCAAGAUCCCCGGCGUGGGCUCGCUCAGCCAGAGCACCAUCUGCAGGUUCGAGUCCCUCACGUUGUCUCACAACAAUAUGAUCGCGCUCAAACCCAUCCUGCAAGCGUGGCUAGAGGAGGCGGAGAAGUCUCACCGCGAGAAGCUCACCAAGCCGGAGCUCUUCAACGGCGCGGAGAAGAAGCGCAAGCGCACGUCCAUCGCGGCGCCGGAGAAGCGCUCGCUCGAAGCCUACUUCGCCAUCCAGCCGCGGCCCUCUUCCGAGAAGAUCGCCGCCAUCGCUGAGAAGCUGGACCUUAAGAAGAACGUGGUGCGCGUCUGGUUCUGCAACCAGAGGCAGAAACAGAAAAGAAUGAAAUAUUCCGCGGGCAUUUAG